CCUAAUGUGGAUAGAUGAGUGCUGCUAAUUGUUGGUCCCAGUAGUGUCGUCUCGUUCAUGAUUUAUAUAAUUUGAUAAGGCACGGAGAUGGCCGACUCUUGAACUUCAAUACGAACUCUUCAUUGAAUUGUUCGAGAUGCAGCAGCCGCAGAAAUUGUCCAAAUUAAUUUCAUUGGGAAAGCGGUUGGCAUGAUGGCCAUCUAUACAACUACCGGUAUCUUCCUUGCCUUCUUGAGCAUUGCCAUGCUCUAUGUGGUACUGUUCUUUGAGUCCAUCUGCUUCCCAACCAUUGUGGCUCUUGGCAUGAGAGGCCUUGGCCGACACACAAAGCGUGGCAGCGGGUUUAUCAUCGGAGGAGUCAUUGGUGGUGCUUGCGUUCUGUCAGAUAUUAAGUUGAGGGUGAACCCUCCAACAUUCAACACAACGCAAUCGCAAGCAUCUGGUCGCUCGUCACCUUCAAAGCAACUCGCAUCACUUGAGAUCAGUCCAAGGGGGUUUGAGCCGCGGGAGUUCACCGUGGAAGAUGUUCAUUUGCCACGUCAACUUUGCGACAUACUCGAUGGGCUACAGGAUAUCAAGGAUAGCGCCUUCGGGAUUAUCUCACGCAAUUGGGAGGAAGAAAUCACCAAACUUGCCAAAACUGAUCGCCAAUUUUCUCGGAUCCGAAACCACAUGUUUGCGGACCCAAGCGUUCGCGAUAAAUUCGGUCCUACACCUUCUCCCGAGGACGCGCGGAGCUUGGCUACCGAAGCCGCCGAUUGCCACGUUACAGCGCAAAACGAAGCUGGAUGGAACAUGAUGGUACACUACCCUCUCUUAUCCCAGGCCGUUUAUGGCUCACAGCGACAAAAACAGCUCGUUGGAGUCGCGCCUUGCACGACUGCAAAGAUCAUCCAGGAGUAUCUACAAUCGCCAACACAAGCCAAGAUGAUUGAUUUUUGCAUCUACCUCGAUCCAAAGGAUAAUGCAGCAGAAGUCGAAGAGGCGCGGAGGAUUUUACCAUGCGGUUAUGUCAAUCACACUGACUUUUAUUCACUGCGUAAUCGUCCCAUUGCUCUGAGCAUUGAGACCAAGGGUGCGAGUAAUACGCCAGCAGGGUCUGCUGAGUUGCAGAUAGGGACAUGGCACUCAGCGCAGUGGCGGUUUCUGGAAGACCUGGUUUCACGCAAUGCUGGUUCUAUGGAUGGGCUGCCGUUUCUACCUGCUAUCAUCGCCCAGGGACAUCGGUGGAGUUUUGCUGCCACGACAAGAGUGGGGCAGAAGACGGUCUUGUGGCUUCCCUUCCAGUUUGGUUCGACAGAUGAUGUGAUAGGUGUUUAUAAGACUGUCUUGGGACUUCAGCAACUAUGUCGUUGGGUUGAUGGUGUCUUCUGGCCAUGGUAUAAGAGAAACGCACUGGGUAUAUCAGAGGAUGGGGAUUGUACAUCAUAGUUGUGCUUCCACCACCAGUGGGUAGCAUGGAGUUUUGUGAAUUCUUAUGUGUAUUUCUGUAUUUUCUACAAGAUAUCCAAGUAGCGUAUUCUUAUGAUUUUUUCCAUUCCAUCUGCAAAUAUCACAUUUUGAC